AUGGCAGGAGAGGAGCGGGGGGGGGUGGGCGGGGCUAAGUGCGCGCUCCCGGCGCCGGCAGCCGGGGUCGCGCGGUGCGGUGCGGUGCGGUGCGGCCCCAUGAAGGAGGAGCGCGAUCAGCUGGGCACCGUCGGGCGCUGGCUGCAGAAGGACGGGCGGAGGGAGGAACCCAGCGCCGUGCCGGCGUGGGAGCGGCGCUGCGGCGGCCGCGGGCCGGGCCCCGGUGCGGGUGAUGCGGGGCUGAGCCUCACCGAGAGCGCCGGGACCCAGCCGGGGCCCGAGUGCUCCGAGUGCGGCCUCGGCGCCACGCGGAGGACCGGGGCGGGGCCGCGGGCCGCGGCUGGGCCGCGGGCCGGCACGGGGCAGCCGCCGGCGCGCAGCACGGCUGGGAGCUGCCCGGUCCCGUGUGGUGCCUGCGGCCGAGGCCCGGCCCCGGAGCCCUCGACGCCCCGCAAGGAGCGCAAGGAGCUGUCGCUGACGGAGAAGGUGCGCGUGCUGGAGAUGCUGGAAGGCCCCAAGGUGUCCCAGAGCGAGCUGGCCAAGCGCUUCGGAGUGUCACAGCCGCAGAUCUGCCGCAUCAUUAAGAACAAGGAGAGGAUCCUAAGUGAGUGGCAGCGCAACGGCAACCCCGAGCGCAAGCGCAAGAGGGAGGGCAAGGAGGGAGCGGUGGAGGCUGCUCUGCUGCGGUGGGUGCAGGGCGCCCGCGCCGCCGAGCUGCCCAUCAGCAGCGCGCUGCUGCAGCUGAAGGCCAAGCACCUGGCUGAGGCGCUGGGCACGCCAGGCUUCGAGCCCAGUGGCAGCUGGCUGACACGCUUCAAGCUGCGCCACAACGUCGCCCUCGAGAAGCCGACGCUGGUGCAGGAUGGUGGGGCCGAGCACCAGAGCUCACUGCCCGAGCUGCUGCGCAGCUACGCGCCCUCGGAGGUGUACAGCUGUGGGGAGACUGAGGUUCAGCUGAGAGCUGAUGGCGAGAGGCUGACGCUGCUGCUCUGCACCAAUGCUGACGGCUCGGAGAAGGCGGCGCUGCGGGCGGUGGGGCGCGUGGCCCGUCCCCUGUGCCUGCGUGGCAUCAACCUGCGGAGCAUGCCGUGGAGUUACCGCGGUGGCGGCCGCCUGAGCGCCACGCUGUUUGCCGAGUGGCUGCAGGACUUCAAUGAGGAGAUGCAGCGCAAGGGAAAGAGCGUCCUGCUGCUCGUUGAGGAGCGCGAGGAGCACCCCUACCUCCAGCUGUCCAACGUCCGGAUGGUCUUCAUUCCUCCCACAGCUGUGCUGGCACAGCCCCUGCACCGUGGCAUCGCCAGGGACCUGAAGGGCCACUACCGGCGCCGGCUGCUGACCCAGAUCCCAGCGGCACGUGGCUCAGAGCCGCCCACCCUGCUGGAUGCCCUGCACAUGCUGGCACAAGCGUGGGGUGACGUGCGCCCGGGCCUCAUUACCAGCUGCUUCCGUGCCGCCAGCUUCAGCCCCAAUAGCUGCCCUGAUGCGCUGCUGGCACCUGUCUGGCUCGGCCAGGAGGAGCUGGAGAGCUUUGGGUUGAUGGAUGAGGGGCUGGAGCGCCUUGCGGAUGCUGACACGGCCGAGGCAGAGGACUGGGACAGGGGUAUGGAGGAGGGCGAGGACUCUGGGGAGCCAGUGACAGUGCAGCCGUGCCCCUCAGAGCCUGAGGUGUGGGACAGCCUGGCCACGCUGCGGCGGUUCCUGGAGUGCCGAGCCACCUCGCCGGACCUCUUGCAGAUGUUCUACACGCUGCAGGAUGCUGUACACACAGUGUCAGCGGGGGCAGAGCCAGCACUGCUGGGGGACAGCCAUCCCAAGCAGUGAGUGGGGUGGUGGCAUCAGUCGGUGUCUCAUCACGAGCAGAGCUUCUGCCAGCAGCAGCCAUCGCCACUGUGGAGCUGCGCUGUGUAUGAUGGGAGUGGGAGGGGGGGCAGGGGGUAAUGUCGCUGUGCUCGCUGGACCCAGCAAAGAAGCAGGGAGCUCCAGAGGUUGGCAACGGGCACAUUAAAAUUGAGCAAGUCAGCAAAGGCGCUGGUGAUUGUUGUCAUUUACCGUCGUUUAGCACAGCAAUUAACAGAGGCACUGCAUGCCUCCAGGCUGGGGUUUUGCAGCUGACAGCAGUGGUGCCACCCUGAUUGUCCCAUUGUCCUGUCGUGGGUUGGGGACAGACCCAACCGGUGGAACCCAUGAGUGCCCUGGGAGCCCCCAGCACAGCCCCCCCCCGAUGUGUGCAGGACCCCUCAGCCUAACACACCUCUGGGUACCUCUGGGGGUACCUUGUCGUCAGCACUGUCAUCCUCUACGGCACUGUGUCCACAGGUUGGGAAGGGACAUGGGGGGGACAUCCCCCAAUUUGUGUGUAUUGGGCUGGGGACAAGGCUGUCCCUACAGCUUGCAAAGGUGCCUCGUGCCCGCUCCUGCCGGAGCUUGGAGCCCCCUCCUCCACACAGGAGAAUCUCUGCUGACACCCGGGGUCAGUCUGAUGCUACAGAGCACCAGGGCAAAGCAAAAACGCGUUGGGUUGUUGCCCCCUCAAAGGCAAUGAGGCACAAGGGACUGUGGGGGGGUCAUGGCGUGUUUUGGGGAGGGGGUGCUCGCUGGAACACAGCUGGGGUGGGACACGUGGGAGGUGCUCAUGAGGUGCCCAGGGCGGGGGCACUUCGGGAUGCGGCGAGUGGGGGGGGUGGGCAACGGGCCUGGAGGAGGGGGGUCAGUGCACCCAAAGGGGCGCUGGGGGGAGCCAAGGGCAGCUCGGCUGGGGGGACAGGAUGGACUUACCAGGGUGCACGGAGUGAGGGGGGGGCACCCGUCGUGAGUCUGCCCGGGGGAGGGCACCGCACGGGGGUGUAAGCGAGCGGCACGGAGGUGCGAGGAACGCCCCGGGGGUGCGCGGGGAGGGGAGCGUGGAAGAGAGCGGAGAGCGGGCGGAGCCGGGAUCCAGGGAGCAGC